AUGAACCCCCUCUCCGCGCUGUUCCUCUCUCUUUCAUCCGCCUGGACCAGGAUCCGACUGUCGUCUGUUCUGGUCGUCGUCAAUUUCGGCAUAGUCAUUGCCAAUUUACUCUAUCUCCUUCUGAUUGCCGGAAUUACCGGAUAUGGCCUCUACAAAUUCGUGGUGAGUUCAAUUUUCGAAUGACACGUGUCGCUGUCAUUCAACACGUUAUAUCUCGGCCACCGGUGGAGUAAUCAAAAAGUGGUCAACUGAUAAAAUGAUUAUUGAAACAUUGCGCACAUUUUAUCAGUUGACAUCUUUUUGAUAUCUCUUCAUCUAACUGAGAUACACUGUUUUGAAUGUACAGUAGUUUCAAUCAUCAAUACAGUUUUGCAAAGUUUAGGAAGAUUGAGCAUAUUUUUCAAAAGAGCAACUUUUUUCCAGAUAUUUAUUUGGCACAAGUUCUCGAAAGGCCAAAUAGCUGCAAUUGCGGAUGUCAGUGAGGAUUUUCGAGAAGAAGUUUCUGGAGACCAGACGAAGAAGACGGAGCAGAUAGCUACGGAGAAAGAAGAAGUAGAAGCAGAAUCGGAAGAACCUAAAGAAGACGUGGAACCAGAAGCUGACGAACUGUGCCCAAAUGCGACAAAGGAUGAGGAAGUCUCGACCGUCACCUCCUACCCGAUGCUCCGCGAGCCGGUCCAAUUCGCCUUCGAAUCCGAUCCCUCGCUCAACUGGUACUUGGGCCGGUGGUACAGUGCCCUCUGCGGAGCCCCCGGAUCCUCCGGCCAGCCGCCCCAACAAUUCACGAACCGUCGGACGUUUGAAGCGCCCGAGCUCACUGUGACGAGCACUUCGGAGACGCUGGUGAUGGUCUACGCGUUGCCGGGUUUUGAAGUGAUGAAAAAGACGAGUCUCCGACCGAUUUAUGACGGUCUCUUCAGCGCCUCGUACUUUUCGUACCAGAUGUUGAGCCGGCGAGUGCAGGCAAUCUUCUUCAACUUUGAGGGAACACGCUACAACGCCGGCAUCGCCAUUUACCUUCACGACGAUGCGGCGCUUGGAAGCUAUGCGGAGAGCGACACGAGAAUCGUCGAAUCGUUCAUUCAAAGCGGCGAGUUUGUGAAGUUGCUCAGCUGCCUCGGCUACCACAUUCCUCGAGUGUUGAACUUUACGGAGACGGACUUGAUCGCAAAGUAUUCGGUGAAGUGCGAGCAUCUCAACGACCAGCUCAUCUUCGCGUUCAACGCAAUAUCGGCAAAAGUGGAGCAGUUCAUUCUGAACGGCGAAGAGCUCCGAUUCGAACGAGUCAAGUGUCCGCAUUGCAAAUUCGACGCGCAGCUCGCAUCCGAACAGGAGCCGCGUCGCAAACUUUUGCUGCAAAAAGAGUCCACCGCGUACGGCUACAAAACGAUGGUGGCCGUGUGGCGAAGUGUCGAAUCGUGGCUCGUGAAGAGCGUGCUCGUGAGGGAGAAGUUGGAGAAGCCGAUGUACGGACGGAUGUACGCGCAGCAGUGGAUCGACAUCAGAAGGGAGGAGCCGAUUGUGGAGGGCGUCGACGUGGCGGCGGCUGUCGAAUCCGAAUCCGAUUCCGAAUCCGAAUCCGAAUCCGAAUCCGAUUCCGAAUCCGAAUCCGAAUCCGACUAUGAACAUGCCGAAAGUGAGAGCGAGAUGGUCGAAGAAGCGCGAGUUUUGGAGCAAGAUGAAGCGCUCAACAGUGAAACGUUUGAUGAUUUUGAGACUGUCGAUUUGUCUUAG